GUCUGUUAACUGACUAGAAAUCUUGUUUGCAACGUUUUGUUAAGAAUUACAUACAAAAAGAAUACUUGUUUUGUUACGUCAAGCUUAGUAAACACUUCUUGGCUAGCAAUGUGUACAGGACAGAUAGUUGACUCAUACAGUUACCUUUGUAAGUUUGAGUGAAAAGAAAAGUUGGUUGGUUUGUAGCUUGUGAAAUGACAGUUAUCUCUUGGAAAGCUACAGCAUGAAGAUAACCAUCUUCAUUCUGCUGGUGGCUGAAUAUUUCCUUUUGCCUAUCCCAGAUUUUGAGUUCAUUUACAUUCUAACUGUUUAAUUAAGCAGUGUAGUUGUAAGUAGAUAACUUAAGGCAGAUUGAAGCUUAAUAGACUGUAUAGAAUCUGAAUCAUAGAAUUGCUCAGGUUGGAAAAGACCUUAAAGAUCAUCAAGUCCAACUGCAAUCCAACCAUACUACUCCAACUCUAACAACCCUCCGCUAAAUGAUAUCCCUGAGCACCACAUCCAAACUGUUUUUAAACACGUUCAGGGAUGGUGACUCAGCCACCUCCUUGGGGAGCCCAUUCCACUGUUUAACAGCCCUUUCAGUAAAGAAAUAUUUAUGUUGUGUUUGUGAAAGGUUCUAUUAUACAUUCUGAAGACUCCUAUUGCCUGUCUUCAGCCAUAAAGAAGGAAUGUGCAGGUGCUAAUCUGAUUAUUUAGGCUUUUCUCCAUAGUCAGUAGUGAUCUGUUUCAUGUUAUACUUCUCCCUGAAAGAUGGGAAAACUUGCUGUAUGAAUGUGCUCCCUCUGUCUACACCAGCAGCCCCAGUGAUUAGAGCAUAGUGUACAACUCGUUUUUCUUUAUGCUGCAGUGCAAGCAGCAUGCUUUAUUAGAAGUGCUUAUAAACUCAAGUUUGCUUCUUGGCUUGGGAGCUUUCCUAACACAGCAUCAUUCUUCCCAAUCGAGUUAACUUUAGCAGUACACUUGGCACUAGGAGGGCAUUUUGUUGUACAUGUUGAUUUAAACUUGCCAGAUUUUUCCAAAUAUAAAGAACUUACAGACUCUAAAAUAGAGAUAUAUAUUCCUGUAAAAUAUAUUCCUGUAUUUGCUGAAGGCAUAGAAGCUCUAGCAGAUAAGGUACUCAUCCUUUCCCCGUUCCUAUCUCCUCACCUUGGACCACUGGCUCCUAUGAACGCAAAACUGAGUUCUGAAGCACAGCACAAAUACAAGACAAAUACAGUGUGGCAACCAAUGUAACUAAUGGCAGUGAAGACUCUUUUCAACUCACCUAUCUGGCAUAACUGCUUCAGUGACUAGAAUUAGCACACAAUUAACACACAAUUCAUUAGAAAGCUAAAGACAUAAAAGUUUGCAAUCACAGCCAAGACUUUAGUAAGCUUUCUUGGUGUUCAUCUAUAGGGAGAUCUGCUUUACUGAGAAGCAGUCACACUGCCAGGGGUCUUUUCUAAUUAUUUCAGUUAUAACUUCUGCUGUGUGGCUUUCAGCAUCGUCAGGUUUUGUGGGUUUUUUUGUUUGUUUGUUUGUUUUCAACAAAGAUUUAUCAAAUGUCAUAAAGCUAAUUAUGCAGAGAAGAAGAAAAACAGGAAUGUCAACGGCAGACAGAAACUACUGAGAUCUGCAGUAUUUCUGGCCUCUGGAGUCAUGCACAGGCAUGAUUAAGCAUGUAGAUUAAGCUGUGUUUUGUCCACACCCAGCUCAUACACAACACAGCUCUGGAGAGCUACAGAAGUGCAAGAUCUCUGAGUGACUCCCUUCGAAAACACUUGUGAUGUUCCUUGCUAAGGCUUUGCUGAGCGGAGGAAGUGGUAGUGGUCAAGGAGGGAGCCUUGUACGUGGCCUGGGAGGUCUCCUAACAGGAGGCAGACAUGGAGGAAAUCUUGGAGGACUUGUUGGAGGUCUUGUGAAUUUGAUAAGUGAAGCAGCAGCUCAGUAUAAUCCGGAGCCACCACCACCUCGCAGCCAUUUUACGAACGUGGAAGCUCACGAGAGUGAGGAAAUCAGACAGUUCCGUCGCCUUUUUGCCCAGCUGGCUGGAGAUGAUAUGGAAGUGUCUGCUACAGAGCUAAGAAAUAUCCUGAACAAAGUGCUUUCCCGACAUCAAGACUUGAAGACAGAUGGCUUCAGCUUAGACACGUGCCGCAGCAUGGUAGCUGUCAUGGAUACCGACACAAAUGGCAAACUGGGCUUUGAAGAGUUUAAGUACCUGUGGAACAACAUCAAGAAAUGGCAGUGUGCGUACAAGCGCUGCGAUACCAAUCAGUCCGGCAUUCUGGAGAGAGCUCAGCUGCCAGCAGCCUUGCAGGCUGCAGGGUUCCAGCUGAACGAACAGCUCUGCCAGGUGAUCGUGCGCAGGUAUGCCAGCGAGGAUGGCAGCAUGGAUUUUAACAGUUUCAUCAGCUGCUUGGUGCGACUGGACAGCAUGUUCCGGGCCUUCAAGGCGCUGGACCGCGAUGGAAAUGGGCAGAUCAAAAUGACCAUUGAGGACUGGCUGCAGCUGACCAUGUACUCGUGAAAGCAAAGCAGAAGAGAAUAAGCUUCAUUUGAAAGAUAUAGGUGGAAGACUACAAUGCUGUUGUGUUAUAGAACUGUAGCCGUUGCUUUAUUCUAAGGCAGAUAUAGCUAAAGAUAUUUUGCUUAGCUGUGAUUCCUCUUAUGUAUGCAUUAGCCUGCUUUUCUGAAGUUGUGUAAGUUGUCAGUUGUACAGAUGGUAAGAAAAUUAUCUCUAGACCCUGAAGUGAGGGAAUAUGUUGAAGGAUCAACGCUUAGUUACUUCUUCAGUAAAUGUGGGCUUAUAAAGGAGUUUAAGUAUUAUAUAAAAAACUGUAAGUUUGGUAGUAUUUUGUGAUAUUACUGUGCCAAUUUGUCAGCAUUCACUAAGCUGAAAUAAAGCUGUGCUUGCCUGAAGGCAGUCACUAGUAACGUUCAGUAGAUGGUGAUGGCUUAAUGGCUUAAGUGGUGUGGUUAUUUCUAAGCAGGGGGAUGAACAUUAAAGUUGCAGUGACUAUAAUGACCAAUUAAUAUUUUGCUUCCUUCCUACUACUUUUUCGUGCUGGUCUGCUGAAAUAAAAUCUGCGUGGUAUUGUCAGUUCUACUUGCUGGCAAAGACAAAAUUAAAGAUAACAGGCUACCUUAACAACCUUUUUCUCCAUCUGCAACUCUAUUACUAGUCUUUUCUCUCUCCUUGAAGCCUUAAUAUAGUUAUAAUGAAAACAGCUUAAAAUAUUGCAUUUAUAUUUAGCUUGCUGUAACAAUGUAGUCACACAGCAGCCAGCCAACAAAAAUCUACUUGUAGCUAGCAGAGGUGACUUUCGUCAGAGUGCAGCGUCCCACUUGAGCUAAGUGUGCAGUUUUGAGAUGUCAAUUUUUGAGUAAUAGAACGAGAAAUAACACGAACUGUCAAAGGCACACUAUUUCUGAAAUAAGGAUUAUGUGGAUGAUGACAAGCAGCUUUUUCACUGUGGAGUGGCAAGGAAGGUUUCUCUGCAGGGCUCUGCUGCUUUAAAAGAAAAUUGUCUAGGGCGUGUGCUGGCUGAUUGGAAUGUGAAAUGAGGAGUGGAGCAGCACAGCCUGCGCAGAGAGUCCAGAUGUAAGAGCCCAUGUGCCUCCUGCCCUCCUCACAGAGGUAUCAGUGAUUAAUAGAGAAAUACCACACAGUAUCUGCAGGGCAACUGAAUACUAAAAUGGGGUUCUGUGGUUUGAUUUUGUUUCUAAAUUUCCAUAGCUUUGAUUUCUAAAUCUUACAGUCAGCAAUUAAUAUUUCCCAAGCUGAUGAAACCUCGUUGCUGCUAUGUUUGCAAAAGCCUUUU